AUGAAGUGCAUUGAGUUCCUGAUAUACAAGCAUUACAAUUUUGGGAACAAACAACACAAGUAGUAUUUUAUAAAUAAUUGCCGAUUUAGCAUUCAGAACAAUUAGUGGAUUAAACUGAGCAUAGUUUGCACUUUUAAUCACAUUAUAUGCAAGUUUAUCCUUCAAGAUAAUAUCCAUUUUCACAAGAUGAGCAAUUCGUGUUUCCUGAUGCAUUGCAAUUAAUGCAUGGUGAUUAGCAAGGUAAACAAUUAUUCGAUUCUAAAUAGUAUUUAUUUUAACAAGAUUAGCAGUUGGAUAGUGAAGUACAUUUUAAGCAGGGACUUACACAAUUUGUGCAAGUUGACCCAUUCAAGUAAUAAAAAUUUACACAGGAUUAACAAUUAGUUGAGGUGCCAGAACAUGAUGUACAUGUACUAUCACAACCUUGGCAUUAAUUAUCAGUGCUGUUGUAAUAAUAACCAUUUUCACAAGUACAAUUUGAACAAGCUAUUAUAAAGUUGAGAUACUAAAUUACUUGCACAUAUUUUGUUUUCAUCAACUACAUACCCAGAUUCGCAACUCAAACAUUCCCCUGUUCCAUCAGCACAUGUUACACAAUGUUGAUUGCAUUGAGUACAGGUUUCAUUUAUUAGGUAGUAUCCAAUAGUGCAAGAUGUACAAGUAGUUGCUUAGUCAACACANCAAACAUACUGUAUCAUAUACCUAACAAUAUAUUUAUUUUUCUAUUAUUUAAAUUAUUAUGUUACCACAGCAAAUUUAAUUAUUUAAUUAGUAACCAGAUUAACAUUGGUUACACUUUACAAUAUUGUCAUCACAAUUUUUGCAUCCUUAUAUGCAAGCUAUAAUUAGUUGAAAUAUCAAACUUAUGCACUAAUCAACUCCUAAUGUUUAGCCCUCUACACAUUUUUCACAUUAAUUUAUCUGGGAAUUACAAGACCUACAAUUUGUGUCACUGCAUGGUACUAAGCAUAUACCUUUCAAAAUAGUCUCUAAGACGAUCCAUAUAAAAAUUUAAUUUUUUAUCAUUUAUAUUAAUUUAAUUAAUGAUUUAUUUCAAGAAUAGUUUUGCUUAAAUUCUUAUAUUGUCAAUAAAAUUCAUGAGAUUUUUUCUAUUACUUAAGUAUUUGGUUUAAACAUAAAGAUGA